AUGCAGUACCGUAUAUUGAAUAACAGUAGUGAUGUCGUAGUGCGCCGGGCCAUAUUAAUGAAACGUGUGUUCAUAUUACAAUGUUUCUCCGGCUACUCUCGUCAUUGUUGUAGCACUACUAAAAACACUGGUCCAUGCAAAAAUAACAGUAGUGGAAUCGAUAAUUCAAACCAGAAGGAGAGUAAUGUAGUUAAGGUUCCUUCUAUCAUAUUUUUUGGUGGAGAUAUAGUGUCACUGGUAGCCCUUAAGGCUUUGCAUGAACAACUUCAAGCUAUUUUAUCAUCAUCCAAAACAGCAACAACAGGAACAACGUCCUCUAGCUCUUCAGGAUCUUCAAAUACGGUAUAUACUGGGAAAAAGCAACAGCUUGUUGUAGUUUGUCCUUUUUUGCCUGCUGCUCCGGAUGCUAUUUCCCAACGACACCACCGACAGUAUCCAGUGGCGCGCUAUUGCGUAGAGCAUAACAUUCCGCUUGUACCUGUUGAUCACCCAACCUCAUUAACACGUAGUGGUACACUUCAGUAUCUUCUUCAUCCAUGGCAUAUCGCCGAACAGCAUAACAACGGUAAGAGUAGCGUCCUUGAAAUUGGAGAAGAAGAUCAAUACAUUGCAGGUCAACCAUUAGAGGCAUUUGAUGUUGCUGUUGUAGUAUCAUUUCGCUAUUUUCUCCCUAACGUGUUGUUAGAACGUCUACCUCGUACAAUUAACGUUCAUCCAUCUCUAUUACCACGAUAUCGUGGAGCUAGUCCCAUAUUUGCCCCAUUGCUCCGUAAUGACACAGAAGGUGGUGUAAGUGUUAUUAAAUUACCUCCACAUCAGCGACUAAUGGAUUCAGGAGAUGUUCUUUGGCAAAAGUCUAUUCUCAUACCGCGUGAAAUGACUAUUUGUGAGUAUUUUCCUCUUGUAACAAAACUAGGAGGAAUAGGACUUUGUGAAUGUCUAUUUGGUAGUUCAUCUACUUUGAAUGCGGAUGCGGAGUUGAAUGAAGAAGAGGUCACUACAGAUAUAGUGAAGGAUGUGUCAAGUACUACUAUGUGUACAUGGCCUCAUUGUUUUGAUGCUAAAUGGAAUUCUUCAUGGCCACAAAAUUACAAUGUUCAUUAUAAACAAGAUCCAUAUCAUGCCCCACUACUCUGUAAAGAUAGAGCUAUGAUUAAAUGGCAUACCAUGACAUCAGAGGAAGCUUACGGGACAUGGCGAGCGUUUGUAGGUGGUGAGUACUACACUCCAACAGUUAAUGCGAUACUUGAUAAAGGGGCUACACCUGUAAAAGAGCAAUUAUUAAAAAGAUUACUACUUCGUGCGGCUCGAAAAAUUAAAAAGAAAAUCUGUCAUCAUGGACAACAAAAUGAGUUGUCAUCUCAAGAAAAAAAUGAGGAAGAAGUUAAUGUGUUAACUUCUUCAAUAUCAAUAAAUAGUGAAAAUGAUGGCAGUGGGACAGUGGAAGAGAUGAUGUUCGCCGUGGAGGACCACAGUCACCUUCACCGGCAUCUUCUUAUCAGCUGUGCCUUCACAAAUGCUGUGCAUCCAAAGGAUAUCCCUAACGCGGUUGUGCGGGAGUUGGAAUUAAUAGAUGCCGGAAAUGAUAAUCUCACUUCUGCUUCUAUUUCCACAAAGGCGAUGAAUACGGAUCACUGUUGUAACGUAAAAAGUCAUGUCCAACCGGGAAGCGCAUACUUUCCACUGGCAGCUGAAGACAUGUGUGCAGUGAAGUGUAGAGAAGGUUGGUUUGUCUGGCAGGCAGUUUCGCUGAAAGGGUCUUCAGCACGGCUCGCUGCUUUACUCCGUAAAGGAAUGGCAAUGAAAACUGGCGUGUUGUACAUUAGUCUAUUUGUAGACGAUAACGAAGAAAAGGAAGAAAAAGAUGGUGUCACUACUACUGUAAAAAAAUAG